UUCUUCUUUUCUUUUUCUCUGUAAUUUACCACACCGACUAUACCUUCAUGUGUCGCUGUUUGAUAGUCGACCACGGAGAGCUGACGAGCCAUACCACCAUAGUCCCCUCAAAAAGUCAAAUGGGAAUGCGUUGUGCUAAUCGACGGAUACACAUAUGAUAGAGACCGCCGAAGCUGGGAGCGAUGUAUUGAGGCAUACUGGUCACUCAGCGAUUAAGUUCGUUAUCACAGGCGGCUGUAUUGUUCUUCUCUUCUUCGCUGUCAACAGAGAUGGAUUCCCUAGCUAUGCGGCGGAUGUGGCUUCUAGAACCCUUCGCAUGGCCGAAAGAUCAGCGAGCCAGGGUUACAGUUACUACAGUAAGCCCCGGGUUGAAAUGCAAGAGACUGUACCUGGCAUGAGCCCCGCAGCUGGAGCCCAUGCAGCUAUCCAUCGACUCGCCACGCCCCGCGGCUCCGUUUCCAUGACCCAAAAUUCAAGCUAAAUUUUACAUCUUCGAAGUGCAUAGAGGUACAAUACACACAAAUGCUUCCAUAAAUCCAUCCCUGCC